UGUUUUUGACGGAAACAAGUCGACGGACCAACACAAUGCCCGGACUCGCACGUGUGUUUCGGUGGGAGUGUGUUGUGGAGGGUAAAUCAUAGAUACGCUGCUGUAGAUCUCUAUCAGGAGCGGAUCCCGCUGUGAUGGGGUGUAUUUGAGAGCUGGAUAAAGGGACCCAGCUUGUCUGUCUGGCUGUGUUCGCUCGUGUUCGCUGGUUUUCAGGCUCCUGCAGCAGAAGCAGCAGCAGUAGUGGCUCUAUGCUGAGGCCGGUCUCCGCGCUUUUCGAGAAGUUCAGCAGGAUCAGCUGCCACCGCUCACUGCCCAGCACCAGCACUGUCAGCGCCAUGGCCAAAAGCAAGUACGAGUAUGUGAGGAAUUUCGAGACUGAUGACACCUGCCUCAGAAACUGCUACAUAGUCGUGCGGCUGGAUGGAAGGAAUUUCCACAAGUUUGCUGACCAGCACAACUUUACCAAGCCCAACGAUGACAGAGCUUUAGGUCUGAUGUCACGCAGUGCCCGCUCAGUUAUGGAGGACCUGGAGGACAUUGCUAUAGCAUAUGGCCAGAGUGAUGAGUUCAGCUUUGUCUUCAAAAAAUCCACCAACUGGUUCAAAAGAAGAGCAAGCAAACUAAUGACCCAUGUGGCAUCCCAGUUCUCCUCCAGUUAUGUGUUUUUUUGGAAGGAGUAUUUUGGAGAGCAGCCACUGCUCUACCCACCAGGAUUUGAUGGCAGGGUUGUAUUAUAUCCUAGCAACCGUAACCUUAGAGACUACUUAAGCUGGAGACAAGCCGACUGUCACAUUAACAACUUGUACAACACAGCGUUCUGGACACUGGUGCAGAAAGGUGGGCUCAGUAAAACUCAGGCAGAAGAACGACUAAAUGGCACUUUGUCUGGGGAUAAGAAUGAGAUUUUAUUUUCCGAAUUCAAUCUCAAUUACAACAAUGAAUGUGCAUUGCACAGAAAAGGCACUACGUUGAUUUGGGAAAAGGUUGAUGAAACAUCGACUAAAAAAAUAACUGUGCCCAAAGAGGGGGAGAAGGAAGUCACUUUUACUCGGACCAGACGGAAAGUUACGGCUCAUUAUUGUGACAUUAUCGCAGAUUCAUUCUGGAAUGAGCAUCCAGAUAUAUUAGAAGAGGACUGUUAAGUGAGCAUGAAGGAAUGCUGGGCUGCACACUGUUUUAUGGACCAUAGAGACUUUCAGAAAAAAGUAUGAAUAUUUUUUAUUUGAUUUUUUUUUUCAGUAAAUAAAAAUUUUAACAUUA